AUGGUUAAACUUGCAGAAGAAGAAUUAGAAAAAGAAGCCAUAUCAUUCAAAGAAAUUUCUAAUAAAUUAAAAAAAUUUCUUAUUCCAAAACAUCCUCAUUCACACUUAUCAUGUAUCUUAGAGAUUCAUGCAGGUGUAGGUGGUCAUGAAGCAUCAUUAUUUGCAGCAGAAUUGUUAAGAAUGUAUCAAAAAUAUACAAUUACAAAAAAUUGGAAACCCGAAAUAUUAUCAAUAAGUAAAAAUGAAGGUAACGAAGGAAUUUCUGAAGCUAUUCUACAAGUCGAUGGUCUGGGAGCGUUUGGAAGAUUAAAAAAUGAAGCAGGAGUUCACAGAGUUCAACGAAUUCCAACUACUGAAUCCAAAGGAAGAACACAUACCAGCACUGCAACAGUUAUUGUUCUUCCAAAGGUAGAUGAAAAACAAGAGUUUGAUAAAAUUGAUAUGAAAGAAGUAAAAAUAGAAGUAAUGAGAUCAAGGGGAGCAGGAGGACAACAUGUAAAUAAAACAGAGUCUGCUGUAAGAAUGACCCAUAUACCAACGGGAAUAACAGUUUCUAUGCAAGAUUCUCGCUCACAACAUCAAAAUCGUGCAAAAGCCCUUAUAAUACUAAAAUCUAGAGUUGCUGCUUUAAAAAGUCAAAAAAACGCAGAACAUCAAAGAUUACAACGUAAAUCUCAAGUGCCAUCAACUACUCGACCAGAUAAAAUCAGAACAUAUAAUUUUCCACAAAAUAGGAUAACAGAUCAUCGUUGUGGUUACAGUUUGUAUGAUUUAGAUAGUUGCAUGAAUGGUGAAGGUGGACUAGAUUUGUUAUUUAACGAGUUAGAUUCAUGGACAAUUCAGAUGGAAUUAGAGACAAAUAUUAUAAAUGGACCAAAAUAA